AUGCCGAAAUCAUUCACAAAAAUUAAGGCCGUUUUGGAUAAUGUCCGGGUAGGACAGCUUGCCAUUCCUUUACCAAAGAAUGUUGUUGAGGUGCGCGUUCAAUAUUCUUUGAAUAAUAAGAAUGGUCAUAUGGGAGCUAAAAAGUUUGUAAAAGAAUACCUCCCAAGCUUGAAAUAUCACAACGAGCACAUCAAAUUCAACGUUGAACACAAAUUACCAAAUGUGAAAGCACCAACAUUUUCCGUUCAUACUUCUGAGGGUCCUUUAUUUAGUUACGGCAUGAAGUUGAAACAUUCCGAAACCAUCUCUAAUGAUAUAAAAGCCGAGUUGCUAAAGGCUACUCAGUCAGAGCCAUAA